GCCGCCGCUCCCCGCCCACAGCCGGGCGGAGGAAGGGCCGCGGCUUCAGGGCUUCCGCCCGGCCGGGGCGGGGCCGGCUGCGUCCGCCCGCCCUCCCGGCUCCCGACAUGGCGGAGUAUUCCUGCGUCAAAUCCACCAAGCUGGUCCUCAAAGGCUCGAAAGAGAAGAGCAAGAAAAAGCACAAGGAAAAGAAAAGGAAAAGGGAAGAGGAUGCGGCAGAGCAGCUCGAUAUUGUUGGAAACUGGUGGGCUGUCAGUAAUUUUGGUGAAAUUACAGGAACUAUAGCUAUAGAAAUGGAUAAAGGAGCUUACAUCCAUGCCCUCGACAAUGGCUUGUUUACACUUGGAGCACCACACAAAGGUGACGAAGGCCCUAGUCCUCCUGAGCAGUUUACAGCAGUAAAGUUGUCUGAUACGAGGAUUGCUCUCAAGUCUGGUUAUGGCAAAUAUCUUGGUAUAAAUUCAGACGGACUUGUUGUUGGACGUUCUGAUGCAAUAGGAUCAAGAGAGCAGUGGGAACCUGUCUUCCAGGAUAGGAAAAUGGCAUUACUCGCAGCAAACAGCCGAUUUAUUAGAUGUAAUGAAGAGGGGGACAUAGAAGCCAAAAGCAAAACUGCAGGGGAAGAAGAAAUGAUAAAGAUUCGUACUUGUGCUGAAAGAGAAGCUAAGAAGAAAGAUGAAGUUCCACAGGAAGACAAAGGAAACGUUAAACAGUGUGAAAUCAAUUACGUGAAGAAAUUCCAAAGUUUUCAAGACAAAAAGCUUAAAAUAAGCAAAGAAGAUACAAAAGCCCUUAGAAAAGCCAGGAAAGAAGGCACUUUUCAUGAAAUGCUACUUGACAGGAGAGCUAAAGUGAAAGCAGAUAGAUACUGCAAGUGACAUCCCUUUUCUUCUGCAACUUUGGUCUUUUUUUCUUCUGCAGCUUUGAUGGCAGCGUCAAAUUGAAAAAGAGUAAAAUAUUUUGUAAUUUUUUUUUUAUUUAAGGUAUUUUUUUAAGUAUCUUCAGAAUUGUAUUAAAGUUUUCUCAAGUAUUAAUAACCCAGCUAUAAAAUCUUGUUAACUGUAUCAUUUGUGAAUGGUUUAUGUUAAGGGAAUGGCUCCAACAAAAAUUAAAGGUAUAUCAAUUAACAGUGGUAAGCUAUUUGCAAUAUAAAUUAAGCCCUGGGAGACAGACUGUGCACUGAUUUAGAGAGAAAGCUCCCUGGCUUUAGUUGCCUUUAGGACAAAAUCUAGAAAUAAAUAGCUGAUUGUUGGCAAAUGUUCCUGGCCACAGUCAGGAAUUCUUGGAUAAAAAUGCAGCAUAGCUGUGAGGUAUACUGCGGAAGAGAGGGAGGAAAAAAAUUUACUAAUUUUUAUCCAGAGCUCCUUAGUUUGGUCUAGGACUUGGGAUUAGGGCUCAUUAACUAGUUGUAGGUACCAUGCUAUGUGUCCUUCCCCAGAAAUGUAAGUGAUUGAUGUACACCAAACCAUUGGAAUAUCACAGUCCUGGAAGUGUCUUGCUGCCAAAAGUCCUCUCAGAAACACUGAGAAAAAGACAGCACUGCAAGGAGCAGGCUGCAGGCCAGAGUAAGUGUUUAUUGAAAGUUCAUUGCAGGUGCCAUUGAUCCACAGUCACUGUGAAUCUUAAAUACAUCUGAAGUGAAUGCUGAUGGUGGAAGUAGACUGAUAUUACAGCAUCUGUUUUUCUUUCAAGAAUACAUUGUUUGAAUAAAAAUUUUCCUGGUAGAACCCACAAAAAACACAGAUACACCUGGAAGCAGAAAUAUAUACUCUUGUGGGGAAGGGUACUGAAAGGACUACUCAGCAGCAGAAUAAAAGCCUGGGAAUUACCCCUGAAAGGGAAUUUUCCAUUUCCUAUUAGCUUAAAUAGGAGAACACAGUGUGUUGCAAGUAGCUCCAAGUGAUAGUAAGGGAAAAAUGGAACUGAGAGGCAUGUUUGUCACAGAGCAGUAAGUGAAGUAAAAAGCAAUGACCGAGCAAAUGAAAUUAAACUGUCCCUAGCAGGAGAGGAAGUACUAGAACUGGCAAGGGACUGGCAGCCUUGCAGAGAAUAAGGGUAUUUUAGUAGCAUUGGGGUUGCCCUGUAUGCUGGAAUUAAUGAUACACUAGAGUAUUGAGAAAGUAUGUUCUGAGCACAGAAAUGGGAAUCUGGGGAAUUCACUGGAAAUCUAGUCCCAAAAGAAUGAAAUCAAAGGUAUAACAAAACAGUGAAGAUCAGUGUGUGUAUUUAACUAUUGUUGUGAGGAGUCUUUUUGAAUGUUUUCCCAGUGGAGGUACUCGUGGAGACAUCUUGAAGAUACUACAUCCUGACAGUAGUGACAAAAGGAGCUUUAAUUUAACUGAAACAGAGAAGAAAGGGGGAAGUAAUUUGGGCAGUAAUUAGUCUGUCUUAAAGGGGAAAGGAGCAGAUCUGGAGAGUGGUAAUACAGUACUGGAUAGAAGAGUAUGAGAGAGCAGAAGAGUGGACAUAAAUGCUAAAAUAUCAGUGAGACCAGCUGUCAGUACAGUUAGCAAGUUAACUGUACAUCUUAAGAAGCAUUUUCCUUCUUGGAUUUUUGAAAACUGACACAACAAGCCUAGACUAAAUGGAGGGCCCAAGGUGCUGGUGUGGACCCUGAAGACAAGGCAGUGUGAUUGGAACACAGCAGAACAGCCAUAGUCAGAGAAGGUGACUGGUGCUGAAAUUCUCUUAAACUGAGAUUUCUUGACCAGUGAAAGAACUAAACUGGAAUCACAGAGGCCUCAAAAAAGUACACUGUGUAAUGUGACAAUGGCAUCAUUUUGUCUUCAGAGCAUUUGGAAAGAGUUUUUAAUUUUCCAAAGUCAUUGUUUAUUUUCUCCUGUCAAAAAUGUACCAAAGACAGUAAAGCAUCUAGACAAAGCUAA